AUGCCGACAAAAGCGGAGUUUUCAUUCAGGUGCCCGCGAUGGCAUGUCGAGGCGAGCCGGUCACUUGGGCUGGUCACUUUCCGCGCACGGUCAAACAGACGACGCGGCCGCUUUUUCCUGUCUUUGGAUGUCCUGCCAGAGCUACGUGACCGCAUCUUAAACUUCAAAAAAUCCCAAACACGCCUCUUCUUUGCAGACGAUGCCUCUUUCCGCUUUCGUCCCGGGUGCCUGGCUCCCUGCCCAUCCUGUCGUUGUCCUGACAUCCUUUUCUUUGCCUCCUCAAAAGGAGUUUCUGCUGUUCUCGCCUGA